CCUCCCUCUCCUUCUUCUCAUCCCCCCCACGUGGCAUCCAUGGCAUCCCUCGCCCCGCCCAUACCCACCCAGCCCGCGGUUACCGACGAGCGCACGGUCCUUCCAUCAUCCAACGGGGCAGACACACAGAGUGACAGUCCCAAGUCCCCGUUCGAUUCCACAUCUUCUCCUGCAUCUGCCUCUCCACAACCUCCCCAAGAAACAUCCCCGACGACCGCUACGGCCGCAGACAAGAGCGCCGGUAUGCCAGAGAGCGAGAGCAAGGGCCCUGCCCCUAAAACCGCUGCCCAAACAACCCCCGCGCCUGCAGCUGAAGCUUCAGCUUCAUCAUCCAAACCGUCCCCCUCCGCCCCUGCCCCUGCCACCACUUCCACUGCCACCCCCUCCUCAUCCACCAAGCCCGCCCCACCCGCAUCCAAGCAACCCCCAACCACCGCAGGCCAGAAGAAGAAACGCAAGCGGAAGGGUAUCGCGGGCCUCCUACUUUCCUUUGGAUGUUUGUCGGCAGAAGACUUUGAAGAUGAGCCGUCCAAGGCGCCUGCUGCUUCUUCUUCCUCUGUUGCUGCUGCGGCUGGUGGUGGGCCGAAGAAGACGGCAGCCGCUGAAGCUGCGGGGCAGAAGGCCAAGGCGGAUGCGACGAGCGGAGGGUCCAAGCCGGUCGCCAACGGCGCGCCGGAUGUCAACAAGAAGGAUGUAGCCCCUACCCCGGGUAAGGGGGAGACGGGUGCGACGUUGGCAGGGGAUGGGAAGGAUAAACAAGUGAUCGUGCCCCCUACCGAACCGCAUACUCUCCCAGAAGACGAGACCGCCGGACUGACAAGUUCCGCCGUCCAACCCCCCGGCAGCGGCUCCUCCCUCCUCCUCGGUACCCCCUCCCGCCAAGUAUCCCACCGCGAAUCCAACCCCGACCUCGCCACCAACACUGCCGAGCAAACGACGACCAGCGGGGGAUACUCGGAUAUCAGCAAUACGGAUGUUGUCGAUGAUACCACAGGCACGGGGGAGAGGGAGGAUGAUGUGGGCGGGGAGGAGUAUUUGGAUUAUGAUGAUGAGGAGGAUCGGUUGAUUGAACAGGGUGGAAUGGGGAUCCCUACUGAUGAGAACGGCACACCUUGCCCCUUAUUACCUCCCCUCGCAGCCAAACACCGCGGCCGGAAAUGUCUCGUCCUCGACCUGGACGAAACCCUCCUCCACUCCAGCUUCAAGGGCGAAAACCAGCAACUUCCCGCGGCAGACUAUAUCGUCCCUGUCGAGAUUGAGAGCCAGGUGCAUAAUGUCUAUGUCAUCAAGCGGCCGGGCGUGGACCGGUUUUUGACAGAGAUGGCAAGGUAUUAUGAGAUUGUGGUCUUUACCGCCAGUCUCUCCAAAUACGCCGACCCAGUCCUCGACAUGCUCGACCCCCACGGCGUCGUCUCCCACCGCCUCUUCCGCGAAUCCUGCUACAACCACAAAGGCAACUACGUCAAAGACCUCUCCCAGCUCGGGCGCGACAUCCACACCUCCAUCAUCAUCGACAACUCGCCCGCGUCCUACAUUUUCCACCCGAACAAUGCGGUGCCGGUGUCGACGUGGUUUAGCGAUCCGCAUGAUAGUGAGCUGACGGAUUUGGUGCCGUUUUUGGCGGAUUUGUCGGGGGUGGAGGAUGUUAGGGGGGUGCUGGAUGGGAGGGUGUGAGUGUAAGGGGUGUAUAGAAGAGUAGAGAGAAUAUACCUCAGGUUUGCGCGAACAUACCCCCGCCCUCAACAUCUUCCCACACCCAGCGGCCAAGAAAAAGUGUACAGACUUGCCCCUCCUCCUCCGUUCUCUGACAGCGGUAGCAUAGUAAUUCAUAUUCCUGCAUACGAUUCUCCCCCUUUUUUGUUCUCCACCAGUCAUCUCCCUCAAAAAGUUCAAUGACAUGUUUUGGGUCGUAUCUCUCGGACUUGACGACUUGCUCCAAAAAAAGCAGUUUUAGCAUUUUGAUAUAUAUAUACCCCCUGUUCUCCUUCUCUUCUCUUUAUGCCCUUUUCUCAUUCUUUACAAUUCUAAUAUAUUUGUGUGUGUGUGUUUGUUUCUUAUGAAAUCGUACAAUCGUAAGGCAUUCAAUUUCAUGGUUUCCUUUCAGACCAGACCUUUUUCUCACCGAAUGGCCUUUCUGUUUUUGGACUCGUAUGGGGCAUGGGGCAUGGGGCAUGGAGAGGGGC